AUGCCUGCGCCUUUUAAUAUCGCUAUCUUUGCGGCCGCAGCUUUUGCUGCUGGCACGCGAGGACACGAGUACGUUGACAGAACCUACGAUUUUAUCGUUGUUGGUGGAGGAACCUCUGGGACUGCUGUUGCUACUCGACUUAGCCAGACGCUGAAAAACAGCAGCAUUUUAUUAAUCGAAGCUGGGCCAGCGGCUCCAGAUGAGUUGAAAAUCAAUGUUCCUGCUAUGUUCGGGUCUACACAGGGUGGCCCAUACGACUGGAACUUUACGACAACGCCCCAGCCAGGUCUUGGCAGUCGCGUGGUUGACCUUUCGCGUGGAAAGGUUCUAGGAGGCAGCUCUGCUAUGAACUACAUGUUAUGGAAUCGUGCCUCGGCCCCCGAGUACGACGUAUGGGAGACCCUCGGAAAUCCAGACUGGAACUGGGACAGUAUGCUUGCUGGCAUGGUCAAGUCCGAGAAUUUCACUGGAAUUGACAGCCAAGAUUAUGGUCACGUCGGGAGAGGCACAGAAGGGCCGAUUCAUAAUGUUAUCAACCGUUACAGAACCGAGCAAGUCCAGGCCUGGAUCCCGACGCUGGAAAAUCUUGGGCUUUCGCACAACCUGGAGUCUCUGGGCGGGAACCCCCUCGGGGCAAUGCUCCAGCCUAGCAGUGUUAACCCGGAUAAUUACACACGCUCCUACAGCGCCAACUCGUAUCUGCCUCGAGUCGGACCGAACCUAACCCUUCUGCUCUCCACUCGUGUAGCGAGGAUCAACUUCGAUACCCCAUCGAAGAGUCGGCGCUGGGACCGCGCCUCACACGACGACGUGGUGGCUACUGGAGUUACCCUCGAGGACGGGUCUGUCAUCACAGCUAGAAAUGAGGUGAUUAUUUCAGCUGGAUCGCUUCAAAGCCCCGGGAUUCUCGAAUUGUCCGGUAUUGGACAGAAGAGCGUGCUGGAAGGGGCGGGUAUUAAUCAAAUCAUCGACCUUCCGGGUGUUGGCGAAAACUUGCAAGAUCACGUUGGCGUGGGAGUUACAUAUCAACUGAAGCCUGGCUACAACUCACUUGACAUAUUCAUAUAUAACGCCACCUACGCAGCCGAACAACUCGAUCUGUGGGAGAACAAACACGUGUCUCGAUAUGAUUACUCCAUUAGCGAUAUUGCAUUUUUUAAUUGGAAGCAGUUGUUAGGCAACGACACCGCCAUUGUUGAUCUCGCGGUUCAAGCCGUCGGGAAUUCAACAAAUGUGAUAGACCAGGCGAAGCUUUCCUUUCUAUCCGACUACGCCGUUCCGCAAAUGGAGAUGACAAUGUCAGACAGCACAAUCGGCCCAACCUAUCCUUCUCCGGGCGACCCUCUCUAUGGAUCCGAUUUUGUUACCCCUCUAGGGAUUGUGAUGCGACCUCUUGCCCGUGGCAAUGUGCACAUUCGGUCGUCCAACAUCAGCCACAGUCCAGAAAUAGAUCCUCGGUACGCUUCAAACGCCUAUGACCUGCAAAAUCUGGUGGAGGCAGGCAAAUAUGCGCGCAAGAUUGCCCAGACCGAGCCUUUAGCAAGCCUGCUCGUCGGCGAAUUCGCACCUGGACUUGCGGCCGUUAGUACAGAGGACGAGUGGAUCGAGUAUGCACGGGAAGCAAUGAUAACCAUAUAUCACUACUCCGGCACAUGUGCCAUGUUGCCCAAAGAAGACGGGGGAGUUGUCGAUCCACGACUCAAGGUCUGGGGAACGAAAAAUCUUAGAGUUGUUGAUGCAAGCAUUAUUCCGGUACUCAUGGCAUCACAUACGCAGACUGCAGCUUAUGGGAUUGCGGAGAGAGCCGCAGAAAUUAUCAUUGAGGAUUACAAGGGACUCUAG